CUAAAGAAGAAACCAAGUAAGAACAAACUAUAAGACCCCACUGUGCUUCUUUCUCUUCACAUUCUCAAACCCAUCAUAACCAAUAAUUGAAUUUGAAUAAUCUGGGGGCUCUCUAGAUCUAUGCAGUUAUACUCCCUCAACAUUGUUAUGAUCCUUUGUUGGUAAUAACCAGUUAACUGUUCAGUGCAGUUCUCUUUUGCAGCCAAAAAUCAGUUCCUAACUUUGACCAACAAAAUGAAAGAAGCAAGUGCAUUAGGAGCUAGAACUGCUCGAGCAUGCGAGAGCUGUCUAAAAGUAAGAGCACGGUGGUUUUGUGCUGCUGAUGAUGCUUUCCUUUGCCAUGGCUGUGACAACAUGGUUCACUCGGCAAACCAAUUAGCACGCAGGCACGAAAGGGUUAAGCUUCAAACUGCAUCCUCUAAGGUCAACUACUCAGUGACCCUUAAUCAGAACAAUAAUGUAGCAUGGCACAGUGGAUUCACACGCAAGGCAAGAACACCGCGCCACAACAGCAAGCACGUAACGGUGCAGCUACAAGAACAACAGAAGAAAAUAGUACACGAAGAAGUGUUUUUCAACAACACCAUUAGUCUUCCCCUUGUGCCAGAGCUUGGAAGUGAAGAAGCACUGCAUAAUUAUGAGAGUGAGGAGCAGCUAUUGUGUCGCGUGCCCGUGUUUGAUGCUGAGCUUUGUAGUGUAUACAAUGAAGUGAAGGAAGAGGUUUUAGCUGGUGAAGAAGUCUUUGACUUAGACAAUUUUUCUUCCGAGCUUCUGCCAUCAGAUAUGGAUCUUGCUGAGUUUGCUGCUGAUGUGGAAAGCUUACUUGGAAACGGAGCUGACGAGGAUUCAUCUGAGCACGUGAAAGGAUCAGAACUGCUGCUUGAUUGCAAAGAAGAAGAUGAAGAAAUGGAUGCAUGUGUUGAUGCAGUUGGAGCCAAAGAAACAAUGGUGAAGGUCAAAGAUGAAGAAGAACUUGAUUCUGAUACACCUUGCCAUUUGGAUUCGAUUAUUCUUGACAUGAACAGCGAGGCCUUUAAUUGGAAUGAUAUUGUUGAGUCAGAAUCACUUGCUCAGGAACAGGAAGAGGAGGCAAGUACAGUGGGAGCCGACAAGAAGGACAUGUUUUUGAGGCUAAACUAUGAAGAUGUUAUUAGUGCUUGGGCCAGUCAAGGUUGUUCUCCAUGGACAACAGGAACCCCACCAAACUUCAACUCAGAUGAUUGCUGGCCAGAUUUCUUGGGUUCGAAUGGAGGGGAUGUUCAGUGCUGUUAUGGGGAAAUGAAAAGUUUAAGAGGGCAUGCAGAUGGUGGAAGAGAAGCAAGAGUGUCAAGAUACCGAGAGAAGAGAAGAACUCGUUUAUUUGCAAAGAAGAUAAGGUAUGAAGUGAGGAAAUUGAAUGCUGAGAAAAGACCUAGAAUGAAAGGUCGAUUUGUGAAGAGAACAUCCAUUGCUUUGCCAGCAUAGUUAUCAUCAUCAAUCACCACUGACACCAACAAAGUAAUCAAAUUAAUGGUUAACUUUUCCAAAGUUUGAUUUUGUGGAAAGGUUAAUUAGGUUAAUUGAUUAUCAUUAGAUACUUGGUUUUGCCAUGCACGUGCAAUGCCGUCACUAGGUCAGGUUUCUCUUUCUUGGGAUAUUUAUUGAUUUCUCUAGCAGGUCUUAGCUAGCUAGUACUAAUGGUAGCUCCUCUCAGCAUUUUCAUGGCUUUGGUGUUCACUUUCAGAAGCCCUUUUUCAAUAUUGGUUAUAUAUAAGAAAAUGUAAUGUAUGCUGAUGUUAUUUUGUAUAUGUCUGUUUUCCUUAA